GGGCGUCGGUACUGCGGCAUCGGGCGGAGCGCGGGGCUGCGUGCCGGGAGCGGCGGGAGGGCAGCGUCCGCCUGCUGCUGGGCGGCGGGGCCGCUGCGAGAGGGCCGCGGGAGGAGCGCGGGGCUGCGGCGAUGGACUGAGGCGGCGGGGACUGCCGGCCCGGCGCCGAGAUGUGCCUAAGUCCUCUGAUUGUGGUUCUUGCUGUGAGCAUUCCGAAAAGCAGAUCUGAACUUUGCCUCAUGACUGUGAUUACACAGGUGGAAAGCACAGGCUUACAGAACUGAGUUGAAUCAGCUGAAGAAGUGAGAGCAGAGAAACAACAAAUGCAGUACGACUGAAAAGAGUGUCAACAUUAUCUAGCAGCAUCACCACAGCAACCAGAAAAUACAGUUAGAAGACGAGGGCUAGAGCAGCGAAGGUGAAAGUGCAGCUCCUUACCUUUGGACAGAAGGCAGCAAAAUAAUUAUGCAGAACAGAAAAGAAUAUUUGAUGGAUCUAGCCAAACUGUGGCAAAGGGAAGUGUCCCUUCAUUAACAGGAAUGUGCCACUGUUUAUGCACUGUAAAGGGGAGUGCCAUGAGAUUUACUGAAGAGACUUUUUCUGUGGUUGCCUAUCUACACAUGUUUGCACCCCUGCUGGCACUGAAUUAGGUGGUACAAGCCUCUUGGACCAGUAGGUAUUGGAUUUUUCUUCCCCGUACGAGGUGUACCUGGCACGAGAGCUGAUAGACACCACAGAUCUUUCUUAGAGACACAAAGAACUGAGACAAUCUCCAGCCUUCCCUUUCUGUAACAGCCUGCUAUACCAUGGGAUGUAGGCAAAGCUCUGAGGAGAAAGAGGCAGCGCGGCGGUCCCGUCGGAUUGACCGCCACCUGCGCUCUGAAAGCCAGCGCCAACGAAGAGAGAUCAAGCUGCUUCUCCUGGGCACCAGCAACUCUGGGAAGAGUACUAUUGUGAAGCAGAUGAAAAUCAUUCACAGUGGUGGCUUUAAUUUGGAGGCUUGUAAGGAAUACAAACCUCUGAUUAUCUAUAAUGCAAUUGACUCCCUCACACGCAUCAUUCGGGCUCUAGCUACGCUUAAGAUAGAAUUUCAUAACCCUGACAGAGCAUAUGAUGCUGUGCAGCUCUUUGCCCUGACAGGUCCAGCUGAGAGCAAAGGCGAGAUCACCCCUGAGCUUCUGGGAGUCAUGAAACGGCUCUGGGCAGAUCCAGGUGUGCAGGAGUGCUUCUGCCGCUCCAACGAGUACCACCUGGAGGAUAAUGCUGCAUACUACUUAAAUGACCUAGAAAGGAUUGCAGCACUGGACUACAUCCCUACCGUGGAAGAUAUUCUGCGUUCUCGGGACAUGACCACAGGGAUUGUAGAAAAUAAGUUCACGUUCAAAGAGCUGACUUUCAAAAUGGUGGAUGUGGGUGGACAGAGAUCUGAACGCAAAAAAUGGAUCCACUGUUUCGAGGGGGUUACAGCAAUAAUUUUCUGUGUGGAGCUGAGUGGAUACGACUUGAAGCUGUAUGAAGAUAACCAAACAAGUCGAAUGGCAGAAAGUUUGCGUCUCUUUGAUUCCAUCUGCAACAACAACUGGUUUAUCAACACUUCCCUCAUCCUUUUUUUGAAUAAGAAAGAUCUGCUGGCAGAAAAAAUCCGACGCAUCCCCUUAACAGUCUGCUUUCCUGAAUACAAAGGCCAAAACACUUAUGAGGAGGCAGCAGUCUACAUCCAGCGCCAGUUUGAGGACUUAAAUCGCAACAAGGAGACCAAGGAGAUCUACUCACACUUCACCUGCGCCACUGAUACCAGUAACAUCCAGUUUGUCUUUGAUGCAGUGACAGAUGUCAUCAUUCAGAACAAUCUCAAAUACAUUGGCCUUUGCUAAGAAUCCUUGGGCUAAUCUGUUCUGCUGAAGUAAUUGAAAAAGAGGCUAACAAUUUCCACUUCUUGUGGAAACAAUGGGGCAACACUUAGCCCAAGGAGAGAAAAGGGGAAAUCUGAUGUAUGUAUGCAGUUCCUCUUAUGCCCCACUAGCCUGUUACAUUAUUUUUCACAAAUAUAUGUUAUGGAGAGCGAAAGUCUCCUCUCCAAAAAAAUCACACACACAUAACAAAUAAAAAUGCCCCCAGAUGAAAAAAAAACACACAAAAAAUUCAAACAAAAUCAACAAAAGAGAUUGAGGCCUAACUCUGUGGAGAUGUUUUCACCACAGUCACUGCACUUCUAUUCCAUUUGUUUCAUUCUAUUUCCUACAGUGGGAGUGUUAUCAUGUUCUAUGUAAGAAAUAAUCAUCCAAUUGUCCUAAAAUUUUACUGACAUGAAGAUGUAAAGCUGGUGAGUGAUAGAUGAACUCAUUUGCAUGAUGUGAAGCAGAAUGAUUGCAUUGGGGUGAAUAACUAGUUCAAAUCAAAAGCUGCAGAAAAGGAGUGCUUAAGGAAAAUAUUACUUAAAGAUAUAGAGAAUGGACAUGUGCCCUCUGUACUGGUACACACAGCCCAACUAUAUACACAGGCGUCAGGUAUGCACAUGACUCACAGCAUAUACUGUGUACACACUUCUGCUUUACUCUUUCAUGGACACCUUGCCUGUUAAAGGAAUUGUUGGUGCACAACUGUUCUGUGAUUUCCAAACUGACUAUCAGCCCUUUCUGCUUUUUAAGGCUUCAAAAUAUGCAGCAAAACUACAGAAAAUGAAUCAAUGAAUAGGCCAAAUUAAGGUCAGUGUUUCUUCUACUGAUAAGGAGUUUUAUACAUCAAAACAGUCUUCUUUUACAUCUUUUUUU